UAUAUCUCUCUCUAUUGUCUACAUACAUUCACUUUUGCUCUCUAAAAAAUGGAGAAUUUUGCUUCAUCAGUCUUUCCGUAUAACAACAAUAAUAAUUCUUCUUCUUCAACUGCUACCCCUACUACUAAUAUUGUUUCAUCACAUCUGUCGUUAAACUUAAUGAACGAUUAUUCGCAUCACGCUGCUGCUGGUUAUAGUAGUAAUCAUUUAGAGGAUGAUGAUCAUGAUGAUCUUGGUUCGAUCAUAAGAAAAAAUAGUACUAAUAAUAAUUGUAGCUCGGAGGAAAUUAAUGUUUUGGAGGGCGGGCGAGUAUCUCCGACUAGUAGUGGAUUAGGAGGCAAUAAUAGUAGUGAUGGAAAUUAUAACAAUGAUGAUCUCAUGAUCAACAACUCAUCAUCGACAGGUGUCGGGUCUGCAGCAGGGAAAAGUAUUCAUAUCAAGAAAGGCGAAAAGAAGAUUAAGAAGCCAAAGUGUGCGUUCCAGACUAGAAGUCAAGUGGAUAUACUUGAUGAUGGCUACAGAUGGAGAAAGUACGGCCAAAAGGCCGUCAAGAACAACAAGUUCCCCAGGAGCUACUACCGUUGCACAUACCAAGGAUGUAACGUGAAGAAACAAGUCCAGAGGCUAUCAAAAGACGAAGGAGUCGUCGUGACAACUUACGAAGGGACACAUUCACAUCCAAUCGAGAAAUCAACCGAUAACUUUGAACAUAUUCUGACUCAGAUGCAAAUCUAUUCUUCAGGUUGCUAGCUAGCUGAAAUCGGUUAUUAGAAAAAUUAAAUAAAAUAAACUUUAAGCAGCAGCUAGCUAGCUAGCAGUUUUUUAGAUAAAUUAAUUAUUUCACAAUGCUUCAUUUGUUGUAAUCCUUUAUAUAUAUGUUUAAUUAUCAGCUGCAUAAACUUAUA